UUCAGUCACGUGACGUAACGGAAGGCGGUGACUUCAGCCACAGCACAGCGUCGACAUGACUGAUUGUUGUGAUAAAAACCGAACAUGAAAGAAUGUUAUUUAAGCGAUUCCGUGAGAGCAUAGUUCAGAAAACGUCUGCGCCUGAUAACACAACAAAUACAUGUUUUUAUGUUGUUACAUUUGUGACGAGCGAUUAAAACACUAGUGUGGUUAAGUUCGGCUGUGCGAAUCAAGUGUGCCUCAAUUCAAAUAAAACACUAUACAAUUUUGACUAUGAUAAGGGACCUGCUGAAAUGAAUCUUACAGAGAAGUUUAUAGUUUUUUUCUUUUCUCUGCAAUGUGUCAGUGCAAUUAAAGAUAAUUCCAAAGAUUUUAUAUUUUGUGCAAAAGCCGCGGGGACUAUUACACAUAUUAAAGAAGAUGGGGGCCCCGAAGAGAUAUCCACGGAGUCUCCAGAUGAAAAGUGCGUGAAAAAUUAUUGUUAUACGCUGUGGAAGGAGGAUCCGAAUGAUGGAACCAAGACUAUCAUGGGGCAAGGUUGUUGGGACACUUCAGGCAAACCGAACGAAUGUGACAGGGCGCAAUGCCUUGCUGCCAAUCGGCCUCCGAAAGCAAUGAAUAACACGAAAUUUUGCUGUUGUUCCGAAGACAUGUGCAAUGUUAACUUCACCGAUGCUUACGUACCUGUCGAAGAUUUCCCUCCAUCGACGACCGAAGUGGCGCCAAAGAAGUCGGUCAAGUCGUUUAUUUGGAUCGUUGUAGUUGUUUCGUUCAUAUUUGUAACGGUGAUCGCAUUGGGAGCCUCGUACUAUCUCUGGAAGAAGAAGCCGAAGAAGAAUGAUGUGGAAGGAGGGCAUCAGCAUACAGUGCCGCCACCGGCGGACUACAGUUUGGAUAAAUUGAAACUUUUGAAUGUUAUUGGUCAAGGCAGAUACGGCUGCGUAUGGCGCGGCAUGAUCGACGAUCAGGAAGUGGCCGUCAAAGUGUUCGCAGCUCAUCACCGCAAUUACUUCCUCAACGAACACGAAAUUUACAAACUCUCAGGUGAAAAUUCAGCCUUAUUGAAAUGCUACGGAGGCGGUGAAUAUGUCACCGCUCCCGGUGGUUUAACGGAUUAUCGCUUGCUGCUCAGUCUCGAACAGGAAUGUCUACAGGAGUAUCUCAAAAAUCACACUCUCGACCUGAUGACUUUGAGUAAAAUGAGUCUAGGGGUGGCGAGAGGCCUAGCACAUUUACAUUCGGAUCUAGGGAAGCCGUGUAUCGCACAUAGGGAUAUCAACAGUAGGAAUAUUCUAGUUAGGCCGGAUUUGACGUGCUGCAUUUGCGAUUUAGGAUUGGCGGUUAUACCUAGACUUGCGGAGAACAAGUCCAUCAGUGAAGCUGGAACUUUGCGAUACAUGGCCCCGGAAGUUCUCGAAGGAGCGGUCAAUUUGCGAGAUUGCGAAAGUGCUCUCAAACAAAUCGACGUCUACGCCCUCGGCCUUGUCCUGUGGGAAUUGGGAAUACGAUGCAGUGAUAUGCAGAAUUCCGAACCACCGUCGUAUACGCCACCAUUUUUCAAGGAAGCAGGAGAAAAUCCGACUUUGGAACAGAUGCAAACUUUGGUCAGUCGACACAAAGCGAGGCCUUUGUGGCCGCCGUCGUGGAAGGAUACGGCAGCGGCGAGGCUCUUAUGUGAAACUGCUGAGGAUUGUUGGGAUCAGGAUGCUGAAGCCCGUCUAACAUCCCUCUGCGUCGUCGAACGUCUCCUCGAACUUCCCUCCCUUAAAGGUCGCGUUCUCCAUUCCAUGCAUCCUCCCGCAAGUCCCACUCCAUUAAUAAACAACAACCACCUCCAUGACCACCAAAUCGACAUUUCGGUCGGUACAGUAGAAACCCUAUUGUCGCCAAGCGAAGAACAUUGCAAAAACUCCAAUCAAUUAGUGGCCUGCGUCACUCCACUCCAACCCUACCAAGGGCGAAACCCUUGUCUUGAGAGAAACCUCCUUUCCGGCUCGAGUGACUCCCUCCUGAUUGAUAAAUCGUCUAAACAUUGCACAAGUUCCGAAUUUCAGAAUUUAAUCACCAACGAUUUUCUCAAUUACCAAAUUAAUUACCGAGCCACUCCUAUUCCUUAUCUCCAGAACGCGGUUCACGGCAGUCCUAAACAGUCAAAUACUUCGAGUGAGGGCUCCAAGUCUAGAUUCAAAUGGAACGGCUUUAUGAAACUUUUCCCAAAUAAAAAAUACAAUUCAAGUGAUAAUUCAAGUAAAGCCACUCAAGUGAAACUUAACGCGAAAUUAGUCAACGGCCAAAACGGCGUUACGACUUCUCUCCUCUCCGACAGCGAAACCAAAAGGCCUUCAACGUUGCCCUUGAACGUAGUCAAAUCUCAGGAAAACUCCUGUGGAGUGACUCAAAUUCUAAAACGGAAGAAUAGUUUAUCGCGACAGAGGUCUCUGGAGCAGUUCAAUGAAGUCUUUUCAUCAAUUAGCGACCUUUCUAGACUCAAAGAUCCGUCACAGAGGAUUAAAACUCCAGGUGAUGUGCCGCCAUCUGUCAGGAGAACCCGGGGUAAAGCGGCGAAAGAAUCGGCGAGGUUUUCGCUGUAUGACGAUAGGAUGAUGAGUCGAGGACAAUGGGGCAGUGCCCCAGAUCUAGAGCCCCCAGUGCCGCCGAAAUUGCCCCAAUUGAACGAUUUGCAAGAUAGAGAUAGUGUGAGCAGUUUUUGAGGUAUGAGGAAGGUGGACUAGAGUGAAAUGUAUUUAUGUGGAGUGGUUGAGAUUUUGUAUUUUUUUUAUUGUCGUUUGGAGGUUGUGUGAGUAGUUAUUGCCAUUUGGGUAAAGUACAAGCCAAUUAGAUUAUUUCAAGAAAAGAAAAAAAUAAUUUUGUCAGUGUCAUUAGUGUUUUUCUUUUAAAUUUAAUGAUAUUUUUUUCAAAUUGGUGUAAAACGACAAAAGAGCAGUAAAGCACAAAGAUUGGCUUGUACAAUGUCUAUUAAAUCAGAAUGCAGCUUAUUUUGAAUGUUUCUGGCCUUUUUUGUAUGUACGCCUUGUUCAAGAAAUAUCUUCUAAACGCAGUUCAUGAAACUGAAUACUUUGGAAAAAGUAUUAAUUACAAAAUUAAAAAGCCUAAGUAACAUAAUAGAAGUUUUGACACGUUCACAGUUCAUUUUUUUUCAAAUGAGAUAAUUUUUUAUUUCAUUUUAUUGUAUAAGGUAAACAAUAACGUUUAGGUAACGAUAGAAGAAUCAGUUUAUUUAAUAAUUUCCCUUUAUAACUAACAAAUUAAUUUUAAAGUUUGUAUACGGAUCGUAACCCAAAAAUCUGGACUUUAUAGUCUUAAAACGGCCAGUCUCCACUUUCUCAUCGAUUUUCGAUGCUCCCCCAACACUAAAAUUCCUGUGUUCAUUUGAAUCGUUAUAAAAAAGCCAAUCUUCUGUUGGAAUUAUUCACACAUUUAAAAUUAUAGUCAUGCUUUUAAAACUUGUGCAAUUAAUAUUUCAGAACCAUGAAAAUGGAGAUUGGCCUUUUUAAGACUCAGGUCCAGAAAUAUUAGUGAAUAGUUUUUUUCGAAACUAAACUAGUCAAUUUCAAAAUUAUCUUACGUACUAAAGAAAAAAGAGUUGUGAUACUUAAAUUUGAUAUUGACAACUGAAAUCAAAGAUGUGUUAAGUUGAACAAAAGAAACAAAAUGAAAAGAUGAAGGCCUUUAAAGAACGAUUAGAUAUUGUUUAGUCUUGUUGAUGUCGUAUUGCUAUUCUAAUUUCUUAUGUGCAUUGUAAUAAAACAAGAGACUAAAGUACAAUACUGUAUUGAGCUAUUUAGUUGUUUUAUGACUGAUUUUAUAAAACGAAGCGCUCAUUAAAUGAUACACCAACACAGAGCACGACAAAGUCCUAAAAUUUUUAUUUACAUUUCCAACAAUAUUAUUCGCCUAUUUGUAAAUGUAUAGCUCAAAGUAUUAUUUUUGUAGUUACAAGAGAGGUUGAAUGAAGUUAUAUGUUAAUCAAAUAUUUUCUAAGUAAGAAAAAUUAUGUAAACAUUUUCUUUUUAAGUCAUAAAAGUGUAGCCAUAGGUUAAUAUAUUCAUUGUGAAUGCAAUUAAAAAAUUGAUGAAACAUACUCCAAAAAUUUUUCUGUGAUUACUAGAAUUCUGAUUCUAGAAAACGUUAUUUUAUUUUGGCUGUGUAAUUACGUGAAAUGCGCAUUCCUUUUGUUUUGUGAAACAAUUAAGUAAGAGGUUUUAAACGUCUUAUUUAAUUUUUUCAACUAUGAAAUCACAGCAAAAUUUUCAAAAUUAGCAAGUAACGAGCGACAUUUUUUAAUGUACAUAAUAUUGUCAAAAUGUGCAUAAGUUAUGGAAAUUUAAGAUCAAUAUACAGCAAAAAACUAA